AGAGGUUGGGAGGAGAGAGGAGACACAGAACACUGUUACCACUGUCACACAGUCCCAGGCUUGCAGCUUCCCUACACAACUCUCUCCGCUGACCAUGCAGGAUGACAUUAAGGAGAAUGACGGCAGCUUGUUGGGAGACCCCAGCCAAACAUCUCCUGAGAAGAAGGACGGUGUGAAAUGGCAGAAGCCUCGCCUGACCCGCAGGGCUCUGAUGAAAUGCUGCUUAGUGAAGUGGAUCCUGUCCAGUACAUCCACGGAAGGUCCAGAUAGCAGUGACAGUGAAUUGGAACUAUCGACAGUGCGUCACCAGCCAGAGGGACUGGAGCAGCUCCAGGCUGUCACCAAAUUCACAAAGAAGGAGCUUCAGUCCUUAUACAGAGGAUUUAAAAAUGAGUGCCCGAGUGGAUUGGUGGAUGAGGAAACAUUCAAGUUAAUCUACUCACAAUUUUUCCCUCAAGGAGUAGAUGCUACAAUGUACGCGCAUUUUCUAUUUAACGCCUUUGACCUGGACAGGACUGGUGCAAUCCGAUUUGAGGAUUUUGUAGUUGGAUUGUCUAUUCUAUUACGAGGGAGUGUUCAUGAAAAAUUAAAAUGGGCUUUCAAUCUGUAUGAUAUAAAUAAGGAUGGAUACAUCACUAAGGAGGAGAUGUUGGCCAUAAUGAAAUCCAUCUAUGACAUGAUGGGUCGUUGCACUUAUCCCAUGUUACGAGAGGAUGCCCCAAUAGAGCAUGUGGAGAGGUUUUUCCAGAAGAUGGACAGAAACCACGACGGAGUUGUGACCAUUGAUGAGUUUUUGGAGACCUGUCAAAAGGAUGAAAACAUCAUGAGGUCCAUGCAACUGUUUGAGAACGUGAUCUAGAAGAGGAUGAAGCACUCCACCCAUGCCAGCACUAGAACGGGCCCAUCCGAUGGAGGAAGCCACACUUGGAUCACAUCCACCACCCCUCUUGCUUGUGUCACAGUUAAUGGAUGGUGUAAUCUCUCUCCCAGGGAACAGACGAUCCUACUUACUGCCUGUUUGCACUGACCCUUCCUACUUCUCACCGUAACAAACUCACCUUUAUAAGGACUGUUUUAUAUGAUUAGAGUAACAAAAGCACAUUAUUCAUCUCUGCAAGAGUCAGGAUUCUUAAAUCAGGGAUUUUUACAGAAAGCCUCUCUUGCCUGAGACCGAUGAGGGGGGGGGGGGGUGAAAUGAAGAGGUAUAACAUUGCUUGUGCUGUACGCAGAGAUCUGAAAAGCUGCCAAAUCCCCGUCCCCUGAAAGCUGCACUUGCAAAAAUGAGACAAAAUGACCUCUAUCUCUGCUAUGGGGCUGCGUCUGUUUUACCCAGAGCACUCUGGGGCUAAAAGGGUUAAGAAGAGGUACAGAUAUGAUCGUCAUUUUGCUUUCAUGUAACAACCUAAACGUUUAACACUAUAGAGGGUUUGGCUCAUGUUCUAUACAAGGUCCCAAUAGCAAAAUAGGGUUAAUUAUCCAAAAAACAAUUGUAGAUUAUUUUGAGGUAUCAUGGGUGAUUAUCUAAACUGUGCUUGGAAUGAAGCUUGGUUAAUGAUCAUGGAGAAAACUACUGUGGAUGACACAAGAACCUGAUUUUAUUUGGGAUACCUAACUCUCUGUGGGCCAAAUUUAUCAAGCCUUGGUGAGUGAUAAAUUGCACAGUGAUAAAGUAACAGCC